CCGCAGGCGCUGCUGCUGGCGCUGCUGAUGGUGCCGCUGCUCCGGACCGCCUCGCAGCGCCUCUCCGCCAUGGCCGCCGCCGAAGGGCCCUCCGUGGCCGGGCCGCUCUCCGCCGCCUUCGUCACCUGCCCCAGCCAGACGGUCGCCCGCGAGAUCGCCAGAGCGCUGGUGGAGAAGCGGCUGGCAGCCUGCGUCAACAUCGUCCCCCAGAUCACGUCCAUCUACGAGUGGAAGGGCAAGAUCGAGGAGGACUCCGAGGUGCUGCUGAUGAUCAAGACACGCACUUCCCGCAUCUCCGCGCUGGCUGACUUCGUGCGGUCCGUGCACCCCUACGAAGUGGCCGAGGUGAUCGCCGUGCCCAUCCAGGACGGGAACCCGCCGUACCUGAAGUGGGUGGCCGAGACGGUGCCCGAGUAGGAGCAGGAGCAGGAGCCGCAGCCGGGCCCCGGGCAGGGACGUGCUGCUGCGCGGGAGCAAUAAAGCCCCCGGGGCUGGCGGGGAACGCACGAGCAACA